CCAAAGCACCACGCGGAGUCCGUGUCCCGGAACCGAAGCAACCGCACCUUCCCCACGUCGAACCCUCGAUGGCUUCCGUCCGGCCGAGAGGGGCACAGACCAACCAUCGGCAUCAACUCGGUUAUCACUCUAUCGCGCCCGCAUCUGGAAUCAGGAAUUCAGGAUGCCCCCAGACUUGGCCCCAAACAGGCGUGUAAGAUGAGAGCAACAUCCCCUUUACUCUUUACCCCGGGAUCUGGUCGGCAAUCCCUGGCGAAUCACGGCGUCCAGAUCCGUACCCCGACCUGGCGACUGCCCCUGCCCGGACACCGCCCACCUACCGCCGAAGCGCCACCGUCCCCGGACCCGCAGCUUGCACUUACUUGUCAAGUUUUGGCUUUGUUGAGCAGCUUCAUGUACUCUACUUGCGGUACAUGGCCGGCGAUUGACCAACCGUUGGAUCCAGAUUCCGGGGUAAUCUCCCCAAUAUCUCAUCGGCAUCUUGCCACUGUUGUCAAGGGGCGCCGCCGGGACGUGGAACGAGAGGGCCCUUCCCACUGCGGGGGGCCAGUGGGAUUGACGGGGUGCGUAAGCUGGAUUGACAGCAUAAGGAGGAUGGAUAUUGCCAUGGGGUUGGAUGCAUUCCCAUCUCAUCAUCUUCCAAUUCUUCUUUCGCACACUGAAGUAGUCUUGUCGGUGUUACAGUGUCAGAAAGUGCUUUGGUCAUUCCCAGGCUGUUGACUAAUGUAUCCCACCCGCCCUCUCCUUGUCUCUUUGCAAAUUCUCAUGCCUACGGAAAGGAACCUUCGUAGCCCUCCAUAUAGAUACAGUGCUAGGUUGCCACUGCUACUGUAACUGUCUAUGCU